UCAUCUCGGAGUUACGUGGUGUCGACGUUGACGUCAUCUCGGAGUUACGUGGUGUCGACGUUGACGUCAUCUCGGAGUUACGUGUUUUAAACCUUCACGUAUCGUCGUCGCCUUCAGACUGUCCACUUAGACUCACGUACAGACCGUCUGUCUCACUGCGGAGGGCAGAAGGCGUGAAGAGAUGUUCACCUGCUAAACACUGGAACUCUGUGAACACAGCUUCUACAGACGUCAUUGCUGUCAUCUUGACUGCUGGCCGUGUCAAAGGUCAGGUCAGGGCUCUAUCUCCAUUGUCCUUCGACUUAUUGUUUAGGGGGAGGGGCGACCCCUGUCAUCUGAUGUGGACAUGGCGGCUGAGCUCACCUUGUGUCUCCCUGACCUCUGUGACACCGCCUUGUGACUUACCAACGUGUUUACGUGACUGUAAACAUGGUUUACGUGACUGUUGUCAUCACGUUUGUGCAGCUCGUUUCGAGGUUUUCGCUGGUUGCCAGAUUGCUACCCUGAGAUUAUUUGAUUGUCAUUUCUGUUUCACGUGUGCGAACGUCGGUCCGCUCUGUUGAUGACGUCAGUCUCGACCGCUGUCUCUUGACAAAGGUAGACAUCAAGGUAGACAUCAAGGUAGACAUCAAGGUGCUUAGUCCGUGAUUCAAACAGCAACUCGUUUGUGACGAGCAUGUCGCGAGAAUGUCAAGAAUGCGUUACAAAUGGCGGGUGGACUGUCUUGACAGGAGGCGGGCACCCGCCUAACCUUGAGUGCUGCUUCGUGUGACGUCAGGAGGGUGAUUGACGCCUGCCCUCGUGGUAAUGCCUGCCCUCGUGGUUAACGCUCGUGGCAGUAAGUCGUCGGCAGAUUUAGUGCUGCGUCGCUCGACACCGCGGAUGGAGCUUGACAGCUGUGACGUGUUCUGUGUGUGAGGACAGCUGUGACGUGUUCUGUGUUGUGAGGACAGCUGUGACGUGUUCUGUGUGUGAGGACAGCUGUGACGUGUCCUGUGUUGUGAGUAGAGUGAUAGCGAAAACAAAAUGUUUAUUUCACGCUUUGGACAACAGCGAUUUAAAAGCCGCCAGUCAACGUUGAUGUUGUUGUCAUGCAUUGUUGUGGCUAUGGGGUCCUGAUCACGUGGUUGAUGUGUAGCACUGAACACGUGACGUGGUGACCAGUGGUCGUGUGCUGCAUACUUCGUGGUGCCGACCUCGCGCAAGCUUUCGUCUGGGCGGAGCGGGACACCCCACGGGUCAUCUGAGGUCGUAGCCGCCGUGGCCGCAGUAUAUCUCACGUCCCCAUUCACCUGCCACAGCGUGGGUGUGUCUCCGGCUGUCUCCGCCCACACCUUAUCUACCCAGAUGACAGGUCCACUGGUGCGAGAUCAGAUAACCCGCACCCUCCGUCUGACAGAAGCUGGAAGGCGUGUGAGUCAGUUCUCUGUCGAGUACCACACCGUGGUCUAACCACACCGCGUGGCUGCCCUCCACCCGUCACCGUUUCCAAUGACGUCACAGAGGCCAGUGAGUGCCAGUGUUUUCAUCAACUUUGAUGACAUGUGUUCAGAGCAGAGCUGGCGACAUCAGUGUGAACACGUGUCCCUGUCUGAGAUAAGGAUGUAGGUAGCGGACAGACUCUAGUACGCACAGGUAACAAACAAAAGUCGCGAGACUGGCGAGGACACGUGUGGAGGAGUGUGGGAGGGUCUGUCUUCACUGAACGUCUCGGUGUGAAGACUACCUGUGACCUUACACGUGGCUAGCCAAGAUGUUUUGUUUGUAAACAGUUGUAGUCUAUUUACAGAGUGUGUGGGAGGGACACGCCUGGUGGUAGAUGCGCAUGCGCUGACUGCCGACCGUUGUGUACGGACAGACGUUGGCAUCGUGCGGCGCCUCAACGUCCCCCUCGGGUCAGAGGCCACAGGAAGGCACUCGCCGGGGUACCUCUGUGGGACGGAGGGAGGGACUCUGGAACAUCAUUCACGCAUUCCUCUGUGCUUCCAUUCUCAAUCCCGCCACCCGCAAGACCACCUUCCACACCUGGCUAAGAAAAUUCCGAAGAAAGGAGGAGGAGAGUUGGACUUGAUGAACAGAUGUGAGUGACGAUGGCGAGUGGCGCCUGUCCUGACGACAACAACAACAACAUGAACGUGUGUGAUAACGGGCUGUCCUUGGUCGUGUGCGCCGAGUGCCAGCGGCUGCACUGUCAGUUCAGGUGCGAGGUGAUGGUGACAAGCGGCGACCAGGUGUCGGCUUCAGACACCUGUCGCUAUUCCAUCACCUGGGAGGAAUUCUUUGGCUCUUCCCUCGACCUCGCGCCCUCCCUGCUGAACCUUUACGACAACCUCGCCACCGAGGCGGAGGACAGCGUCCAGCCAGUGGUGCGUGACGACGACAGCCAGCGCGCAUCGCACGUGCAGGGAAUCUGGGUGACCAGCUGCAGCACCCAGCGCCGCCUCCUGCUUCCAUGCAGCCUCGUCCCCUCCGGCCGUCCAGCAUCGUUCGUGGAGCCGCCCACCAUGCUGCCCGCCGACAAGGAGACCAAGAAGCGGCCCCUGAGCGUCAGCUCCCUGUCGUCUGCUUCCUCCACUUCCCUCCCGCGCCUGCAGCUCAAGCGUCCCAACCUGUCACGUGACGCGGACGGAGACCAUGUGUCCAGCACUUCCUCCCUGUCCGUGACCUCAGACCUGUCGGUGACCUCAGACCAGCGUGGAGAGAUGAUGGCUGGUGUCAUGGAGUCGGACAACGGCGAGUCUGUGGACAGGAGGAGGAGCCAGGGCCUGACAUCGACUGAAGGGGAGGCGGACCUGCAGGGGGAGAGCUGCCUGGUGUCGCAGGACGUGAUGCCGAGACCCAGCAGCACAACAGGACAGACAGGACAGACAGGUACUCCUGUGUCACCAACACAGACAGGUACUCCUGUGUCACCAGAAGACAAACAGAGUGAGUGCGAGGACCAUGAGAAGAAGGGUCAGACCUCGCUGGGAGGUGCCUCCAAGAUGGAGCCCAUCGUCAUGACGCCGCUGCACAGCACCUUGAGACCCGUGGUGCUCAGCGUGCCUGAGAGCAUUCGCAGACUGAUGCGUGGGGGCGCUGCUGCUGCUGCAGACUGUGGUAGUGUCAGUCCUCCGCUACCUUCUUCCAAGGAUUCUGGUGAGAAGACAUCGCCGUCGUCGGUGUCGGCAGGAGCGCUGCAGUCGUGUAGUAGCGGCGGUGGUGAGGGUGAGCCAGUGACGUGGACGCCUCUCUCACCCACCGCCAUGGCUCGCCGGAAGUUCCUGUCCUCGCACUUUGACCUCCCAGAACUCCCGCACAUGGGAUUGUCUCCCCACGACGCCGUGGCCGCAGCUGCGCUUCCUGAUGGAAGGCCACCUUCGACCUCUGACUGCUCACCUUUGACCCCUCAGGACGCGACCUCAACCGAAUCUUCACCUUCAUCCCUGCAGGUUGUAGCCGCAGCAGAAACUUUCUCCUCGGAUUCCGCGACCCCCUCCCCAGUCACGGACGGCAACCCAACGCCUCCCCCGAGUGUGGAGACCUCGGCCAUGGAAAUGGACAAAUCGGUGGAGGUCAAAGGUGACACGAUGCCCUGUGCCGUGGAGGGGGUCGCUGCCCGCGGGGAGGAGGUGGGAGGUGGGGCUCGAGGGGGCAGCACCAAGGGGGCGGGCAACUCCUACGUGACGUACGUGCAGCGCGUGGUGGCGGAGAUCGUGGACACGGAGCGCGUGUACGUCGACAGCCUGCAGGCCAUCAUCAAGGGUUACCUGGAGCCAUUGGAAAAACUGGAGGGUGUGAAGGUGGCUCACGAUGACUUGGUGUGUCUUUUCUGCAACAUUCGAGACAUCUUUGCUUUUGGAAGGGUCUUUCUGGCUGAUCUGGAGCUGUGUAGUCUGGAUCCAGUGGCUGUGGCAGAGUGUUUUGUGAAGCACAGCAAGGGCUUUGUGAUCUACACGGACUACUGUACUAAUUACCCAAGGGCAGUUGAAGUUCUGACACGCUACAUGCAGGAUCCCCAGCUUUCGGAGGUUUGCAAGGAAUGUCAAAAGGCUUUAGGACAUGGACUGCCACUUGGGGCAUACCUUCUGCGACCUGUCCAGCGGAUCCUCAAAUACCAUCUGCUACUCCAGAACAUUUUGAAGAACUUUGACAAGAAUCGAGCAGGCUAUGACACGCUGGAGAAGGCUCUUGGGCAGAUGACUGACAUGGCGCAUCACAUCAACGAGAUGAAGCGACGCCAUGAGCAUGCUGUACGCAUUCAGGAGGUGCAGAGUCAGCUGGAGGACUACAAAGGCGAGGACCUCACUCGCUUGGGAGAACUUGUAGCAGAGGGUUUAUUUCGUUUAUAUGGAUCGAAGACAACGCGGCAGGUUUUUCUCUUUGAGAAGGGAAUUUUGGUUACUAAGAAGAAAGAAGGGGGCAUGUUGACAUGCAAGGCCUUCAUUUUGUGUUCAAAUCUGAUGUUGGUGGAAGUCAUACCCAAUGAGCCUUUGAGUUUCCAGAUAAUUCCGUUUGACAACCCUCGUGCCUCGCAUACCUUGCAGGCUCGCAACAUGGAUCAGAAACUGCAGUGGUGCCAAGCUAUCAAGCAGCUUAUCCUGGAGAGCUUUAAAAGUAUCCCUGACAAUGUCAAAAACCUUGUUAUGGCACUUGGACGUAGUCAUGACAAUGAUGCUGUAGGCAAGGAUUCCUUUGACUCACCAUGGAAGCACCAGCACCUGGCUCCUGAAUACCUUGAAAAACGCAGGUUUAGAAGAAAUCAGGUGGCAAAGGGUCAGAGUCUAGUCUGCUUAAACCUCAGAAGCCCACAAAUGGUGGCAAGCAGCAAACAGGGGCCCCCGUCUCCUAAAGCCCAGCACAAAUCAGAUUCUAAAUUACUGCCUGGUGGGCGAGACAGAGCACGUAGUUUGCCCGAGAUGCUGGCCAAGACUUCGCUGCCCGGCAUCGUCGCACCAACUGCCUUCGCUGCUGGGUCUGCUAGUCGGCAAGCUGUUCCUGUAGCAGCACCUAAAAGCAUGGCCACUAUGGACGAUAACCUCACACCAGAUCCAGGCACCAAGCAGACCAACUCCACAGACAGCAUUCAGCUGCGGGGCUCCAGCUUCAAGCGAGCCAUGCGCAUGAAGCCAGUCACCUCACAGGAUCUGACCUUUUCUGUCCCAAGGGAAGUUGCUCUCAUGGUUGAUGACUCUCAAAGCAAACCAAAAAGUAAGUGUGAAAGUAAGGACAGCACGACAGGCCAGAAUGAUUCCAGCCCUUCAGAGAAUGGAGAGUCCAGUGAUGCAGAUUCUGAUGGCCUGCAUGAAGACAGUGGCCACAGUAGAGUUGGCAGCAGCAAAGCAUCCAUGUAUUCCAGCAUGCCUGCGCUUAACACCCCACCAAGGCGAUCCAGUCAACAGAUCAAAAGUAGUGACGCUACCUUCAAUAAAGGAGACUUCUCUAAGAGUUCAGAUAGCUUGUCAGGGGAUGGUGGCCCUGCCACUACUGCUGAUGCGAUAGAAGCCAAGCACCAGUACAGGCGGCGUUGGGAGGUUGCUGACGAUGGCUUAAACAAGAAGGUACCAGCUUUCCAUGAUACGUAUCUGCGUAGAUCGCGUGAAAAUCUGAUCCGUAACAGAGCUGUGCGUAUUGUGGAUGGCCAAGGAGCUAAACUGACAAAUUGGGGUAGCGUUGACAAGUUGUCCCAUGGCUCCCUGACUGACUUAUCUCACCUCAACGAGGACCCGUGGGUACGUAACCCUCAUAGUUCAUCCAAGGACUCUGCUGUUUUUCCUGGAAAAUCUUACACUCUUCCUGCUCGGUCAGCAGCAGUGAAACUGCGCACGCAGAGCAUGCCGGUGGCUCAGAAUAAUGACUGGAGUCCUAAAGGCUGCUCUAGUGGAAACCUAGAGGGACUGCCCUCUACUAAGGAGAAUCUUGACUGGCUCGUAUACUUAAACAGGAACUCUAAUGAUCCGGACAUUAAAACACGGGCCGGCAGUCUCAGCAGACUAAUUGGACCAGUUUCUGGUGCUUCUGAUCCAAAGCUUCCAAAUACUGUUAAGGAUUCCAACAUUGUCUCAAAAUCAAACUCUUUAUGCAGGGAUACCAUCAAAAGAUACUCAUUACAGUUGUCCGAUAAAGAGAAAAAUUUCUUCUUGGACAGACCCAGGGUCACCAGUUCGGAGCAGCCCAAGACAAGGACUAGCAAAGCUGGUGGUGAAGAUGAGGCCCUAAGAAAGGGACCUAGAGAUGCACAUGCAUCCUCUAGACAGCAAGAUCAAGUGUCAUCUGAUGCAGAACAAGACAUGGAAGUCACAGCCACAUCUCCACCAGCAUCUGCAAGGCACCAGAGAUCUCGGUUCUCAGGGACAACCCAGACAACACUAAUCUCAUCAGAUCCAGCAACAAGCAUCCCUUCCAGUGCAUCUCUCCCAGUGGAAAAUGUGGCAGUACCACAGAAACACUCAGACACUCCCCAGGGCUUAGCACAGAAGAGUCUGCCGCACACCUCGCAAACAGAUGGUUUGUCACUGCAGGAGCACAGUAUGAUUGCAGAGAUGGAAAAAUACUGUGAAACCAACCAGCCAACACCUGCAGUUGGAAAAUUUCCAUUUCAUGAUAAUUCACACCCAACACAGCAGGCAGUGUCUGGCAGUGAGGACAUUAAUAUCAAACGUUUGUCUGAUGUGUCAACAAUCUCCUCCUCCUCCAAUGAAGAUAGUAUCGUUCUGCAGCAGGGUCAUGGCCAUCGGGAUCCAAACCUGAAUCGCCUGUCUGGAGUGUCAACAAUUUCAACCUCAUCCUAUGACAGUAUGAACAGCAAUUCUAGUGAUAGUCUUGUGGGCACUCUGAAAAACAAGCUGACAGCAUUGACACAUAAAUUAGGACUCAAGCAUAAGGAUGAUGAUACUCAGUGUGUUUCUAACAAAGAUAGUUGUGCUUCAGCUGCAUCUGGCAAACCACCAGCUGAACUACAGGAAGUUCUCCGAGAGCACGCUUUAGGUUCCUCAUUGAUUGGUUCUCGUAUGGCAAACACCGCAGCUGUGGGUGCUAAAGGUGAUCAUGGACAAGACGAGGAAGCGCUGUCUUUGUGCAAAUUCUCUAGCCAAGAAAGCACUUCUGAGCCUUCAAACAUUUUUGUCGUGGAUUCAGGACUGAAUCCAACAGAAGUGAAUGGCAUACCUUUAGAGCAGUUGAACCACAGAACCUCUCUGCACAGUGCUGCGUCCGGUGACCAGACAUCUCACAAAAAAGCCAAAUCAUUAGCAGGCAGUGUGAGCUGUUUGGUGCAAGACUCAGGUACGGCAGACAUGGCCAGCAAACAUCACAGUUCUUGCUCCUCUUUAGAUUCAGGAGACAGCUUUUAUGAACGUCGACUAUCUGUAGCCUUUGAAUCGGACAUUUUUCUGAAUAGUAAUCCGUAUGGAAAAAGCCAGAGAGAGACAGAGGAGGAGGAAGACAGAGACCGGGUGAUGUAUGGCAAGUCCAUUCGUGAGGUGGUUCAGUACAUCGAGGAAAAGUUCAAGCCUCGACAGCUGACGCCCAGAGAAGUUCGACGACGAGAACCAAGCAACCUAAUACGCCAGCGCCUUCAGAGUCUUCAUAACAGCACUGUGUACCGACCUCAUCUCUCUAAGCGAUCAGCAAGUGAAGACAGAGGAAGGCAGCGGGACAGGACUCCCCCUCCAGUACAUUCAACAGCUCAAAGAUCAUCCAGGCCAGAGAGUCGAGGUAACCAGUUUAUGCAUCGAGCACAUUCUGGGCACAUUUCAAGGGGGGAGGCUUGCAAGCCGCAAGAACAGUCUGACAAAGCCAAACAUGAAGAGAAAACAGAAAGUUCUGUGAAUCGCCCAGAACAAUACCAUAAUGACACGGACAAUCUUGUUAUAAUGCGCGGCUGGGUGCGCAGUCUUAUCACCAAGUUCCAGCAGACUAAAUAAGUGCUCAAACCAACAUAGAUGUUAAGAUGAACAAUGUGUCUGUAUAGAGAAAGCUGUGAACAUUUAUCAAGGUCUGGAAUGUUGCAAAUAGUCUGGCUCCACGCACAAACAGGGUUAGAGUUGACUGGCAGUAAACUGUUAAGAUUUAAAGUGAACAUGCUAGCAUAUUGUCAGUGCAUCAGAGGGACAGAUGUUCAGAGAACCUGUAAACACAAACACUGUAGUCUAUUGAUUGUCGGACAAUGGUUGCUAGGUGCCAUGUUGGUUGAAAGGGACAGAAGCCUUAAGUGAUGUACAUAAGAUUACUAAGCAGGAUGAAUUCAGGAUGUUUGUUAAUUUAUGCCAGGGUUCAUUAUGCAUUUAUGUGUCAAGAAAUAUAAAAGGGCAGCUUUCUCUUUACAAGAAUUUUUAAUGUAAGAUACAAAUAUUGUUCCUUGUAUAAAUUAUGCUUAUAAUGCAAAUGGGCUGCCAUGUACAAACCUUUGUAUCUCUCUCUAAAUAUACUUAUGAACACUUCUGUAAGAGAAUGGAGAUGGACCAAUCUGGUUUCCCAGCCCAGGUUGAGGGCUAUUUUUUUUUCUUUUUAUAUACUCUUGGUGAAAAGUCAAAUCUUGGACCAAAAUUUGUACAGUCAUUCCAAACUUUCUUUUUUUUUUGGUAUGGAGACCAAAUUUUUUAAACGCCGUUUAGCUUUGAGGCAGGCGGGAGGGGGGAGAGUAGCAGUACUUCGGUGGUGGGUUGAUUAUGGUAUAAUGCACACCAGUAUACUGUACUCUUAGACCAGCUGUGGCCAGCAAGCAUAGCGUGGCCACAGUAUAGUCCACAGUGUAUCAGUAUGCUUUGUCUGUAUAGGACAGGGAUAGCACACCCCCCUCCGUCACACAGACUUUCUCUCAUGACAGUUCCCAGCAAUUAUUUGGAUAAUUAAGUCUUUGAUCAAAUACUAUGUAGAAAGGUUGUACAAGACUUAAGAGUCUAAACUUGCAAAGGAAAAAAACCCAAGACAGCUGGUAGUGUUUUCUAUUAGAUUUAACAAAUUGUGAGCUUUUCAUGACAUUGAUGCUGGUUUCAUUAAAAUGUGACACUGA